AUGGACUCACCAACACCAUCCCAUUCCGCGAGACUGAUCACCGCCAUAUACCUCGUUGGCCCAUCUUCCGCGGGUAAAACAACUCUGUGCAAUGCAUUAGCUAGAACCCUGGGACUUCCCAACGAGGUUCACAUCUCAGAGGUGGCCCGAACAGUUAUGCGUGAGCGCGGAUUCACUCGAGAUGAUGUAGGGAAGCUGGAGAUGCAGAAGGCAAUCAUGGAGGCGCAAUUGAAGGAGGAUAGGUCAGCGCGUCACUAUGCGACUAAAACUAGGGAGGUUUGUGCAGGAAUAGUUCUGAGUGAUAGGUCAGGCAUCGAUCCACUCGUGUACGCGCUGUUGAAAAACGACGCGGCUGUGGCGGAGUCGCUCGCCACAUCGCCCGAUUUUCAGGCUGCACUACCUGACUAUCGCAAAUCUACCUUCAUCUUGUUGCACGCAAUACCAGAUUGGAUGGAAGACGAUGGGGUUCGAAGCGUGGAUGAUGGCUCAGACUGUUUCCAUGUUUUCAAGCGCGUGUUAUCCGAGCUGGACAUCCAGUUUCAGGAGCUGGGCGAGAGUUGUCGAUGGUUGGAAGAGAGGGUAGGGUUUGUUCGGAGGUGUGCACGCAUGUGA